CUCCAUUCUCUAAAAUGUUCAUAGGACGCCAAUAGUGGCAGAAGAAUGGAAAGUUCUAAUAGGACGCGAAGUUGUCGUGGUGAAAGAAGAAUGGAACUGGUAAGAGAAGUGAUACGAAAGGAAGUGCACGAUUGGGAUUCGGAGGUGAUGAUCAGUGCGAGAUUCAAGGCUUUCAGCGGUCAGAGGUCUGAUUGGGAGCCAAGGUACCACUUCUGGAGGGAUUUGGUAAUCAAGAUUGCUCGACGGCUUCGCAUCUUCAUCAUUCGUCCUUCAGUGGUUAAAAAUGUCUGGUUUAACCAGGGAGGCUUGACCCCUUUAUGCAUUGACGAUGUAUUGCUCGAAAUGUAUAAUGCCGGCGACCUUUCAUGUAGCAACGAUCUUAUCGAUCCAAAAGGUGGCCAACUCACCAAGUUAUUCCAUAAAGUAAGACAUUUGCUCCCUUUAUCUAAAUCAGCAAUUCCUUCAGAAGACGAGUUCAUCGUUUCUUCGCUCUUAGAGGAGAAAUCUUUUGAAGUUGUCAAACUUUUAUGUGACUGUCACUGGACUUCUUCGUGCAUCAUCACAAUGGCAAGAUUCCAAGUGAUUUGUGAAGGGCCAAAAGAAGCAUCUGUGAUCUUGAGUCAUUUUUCCAAAUGUGGGAAGGCAAAGUACCUUGCCAUCAGGCGGCAGGAUCUUAUAGAGGGUGUGAAAGUUUCUCUUUCUCCCAAAACUGUCCCUGGUAUUAUACCUCCAGAUUAUGAAGUUCUGCACUUGACUUGGACAGCAGAGAAGCUCCAGCUACAAGUUGAUUUGAUAGAUCAACGUUGUGUCAACUCCAAAAUGUCAGCUUUGGCUUCUCUAAAAUCUGGGAACAAAAGUAGUGCAAUGAGACAUGCAAGGGAACUGAAGUUGGCCUCUGAAAGCAGAGAAAAAUGUCAUGUGCUUUUAAUGCGAGUAGAGGAAGUCCUCAGAGCAAUAGCAGACGCUCAAGAUUCAAAAGAGGUUUUUGAAGCCAUUCAAAGUGGCACAAAGGCAAUAAAGGAUAACAAGGUCACCAUAGAAGAAGUUCAACUAUGUUUAGAUGAACUUGAUGGGGCAAUGAAUUCACAGAGGCAAGUAGAUGAAGUCAUAGGGUCAGUUUUGUCUUAUGCAGAAUUUGAUGAAGAUAUUGAAGAUGAGUUGGAUAAACUCCAGUUGGAAGAAAGUAGAAAGUCAUCCCAUGCUCCUCCUGAUGGUACCAUAAGAAGGGAACACACAACUGAAUCAUUGAGCAACGCCCUUUCAGAUCUUAAGCUUUCCAAUGAAGUUGUCAUGACAGAAUCACAAAAUGUAUCAAAAUUUCUUGAGCCUGCACUGUCAUGAUAAUUAUCCCCUUCUCUGCAGCUUCUGUAAAGAGGAAUACUAAUUAUACUUGCAUAAGAAAAACUACCCUACCUGUAUAUAUGUGGAACAAAUUCUCAAUUUUCUUCCAUAAUAUCUCUCGGCU